UCUUUCUUUAUCUCCAAGAAAUUCACUUCUGGUUUUGUUGAGUUUCUUAAUUACUACAUAUAUCCCAACCCCAAAAAGACUCAUUAUUAUCGUUUUCUAAUCUCACAUUGCAUAAUUUCGUGUUCUGGGUUUUCUUGGGUCGCCGUCAAGCUUGGGUUAGUCGCUGCUUAAUUACGACGAUGGGUGGAAGUGAAGGCGGCGGCACACCUUGUGAUCCACAAGCUGCCGCCCCGUUUCUGACAAAAACAUAUGAACUGGUCGAGGAUCCAUCGACAGACCUCGUUGUUUCUUGGAGCCAGAGCGGCCUCAGUUUCAUCGUCUGGAACCCUCCCCUGUUUUGCUCCGAUUUGCUCCCCGCCUACUUCAAGCACAACAACUUCUCCAGCUUCAUCAGACAGCUCAACACAUACGGGUUUAGAAAGAUUGUUCCGGAAAGGUGGGAGUUUGCGAAUGAAGAGUUCGUGAGAGGACAGAGAGAUCUGUUGAAGAACAUGCGCAGGCGGAAGCCGGUCCACAGCCACUCGUCCUCCUCCUGUUUCGAACGACGGGUGUUCGAGGAGGAGAUUGAUAGGCUGAGGAACGAAAACAGACUUCUCCGGGAAGAAGUGGGCAGACAUGAAAAAGAGAAUCAAGAACACAGAUUUGAGUUCUUCAGUUUACAGCAUCGGAUGCAGGGGAUUGACAGGAGACAGAGGCGAUUGGUGGCCUUUCUUGGUCAAUUGUGGCUGAGACCAGAGCUUCUGUUAUCUUCUUCCCAUUGGUUAAACUUUCAUAACCGGAAGAAGCCGAGGUUGUCGUCCCCGCUUCCCGCCGCCAUGUUGCAUAAGGAAGAAGAGGAAGAAGAAGAAGAAACCCGUUUCUUGAGUUCACUGCAGAAGGAGUUGGAAUCUUCGGUUGAUUAUAAUUGCGAGAGUGGUUUGAUGUUGAGGAGUGGAAUCUCGUAUGAGAUCUCGAGUGGAGAGGGGAAUUGCGAUGGGGUUUGCGAAUCCCGGACGCCAUCAUCGCCUUCGAGUUUCAUUGUGGAUGUAGAAACUGCCGGAGAGAAGGGAAGCCCCGAUGCCGGUGAUAAUAACGGAGUGGAAAUUGAGGGCGGCUCUUUGGCGUCUGUGGCGGGUAAUAAUGGAGGGAACGAUGUGUUCUGGCAGCAGUUCCUGACGGAGACGCCGGGAGAGAGUGAUCAGCAGGGGGUUGAGCCCGGAGCGGAAGAGACUUGCGGCGGCGGCGGAUUGGCGGUGAACGGUGCGAGGCGUUUGCUUCAGCAGAACUGUCUGGAUUCCCGAAUAGACCCUCACGCUUGCAUUAAACUUCUGGAAUCCUUUACCGAGUCCAAGUCGCUUUCACAAGGCAAAGCAAUCCUUCUUGACAAGCUCACCCGUUUCUAUAUCUCAUGCCGCAGGCUCGAGCUCGCUCGGCGGGUUUUUUAUUCGAUUCCGAGCACUGACAGAAGAAAUAAGUCCAUCUUAUGGAACCAAAUGAUCAGAGCGUAUGCCUGGGAUGGGCCGUUUGAGAGAGCGGUUGAGAUGUACUACGAGAUGAAGAAUUAUGGGGUCACACCCACUAAAUACACGUACCCUUUUGUGUUAAAGGCUUGCUCUGCCCUUCAAGAUCUGGAAAACGGGAAGGUGGUUCAUGAAGACGUGGAAAGACACGGUCUUGGAAAUGACGUUUAUGUUCGCACUGCUUUGGUUGAUUUUUACGUGAAGUGCGGGUGUUUGGCUGAUGCACGAGAGGUGUUCGAUGGAAUGACUGAGAGAGAUACUGUGGCGUGGAAUGCAUUGAUUGCUGGAUUUUCUUCCCAUGGUUUGUAUGGGGAGAUGGCGAACUUGGUUAUGGAAAUGCAGAAAAGUGGGGUGCAUGCCAAUCCUUCAACUAUGGUAGCCAUGCUGCCGGCAAUUGGGGAGGCAAACAAGCUGAGAGAAGGGAAGAGUGUUCAUGGGAGUUGCAUAAGAAUGGGUUUUGUUGGCUGUGUAGUCCUUGAUACUGCGAUAUUGGACGUUUAUGGAAAAUGUAAGCAGUUGGAUUACGCGAAGAGGAUUUUUAUUGCAAUGAACUCAAAAAAUGAAGUCACAUGGAGUGCUAUGAUUGGGGCAUGCGUAACAUGUGAUUCUGCACUAAAGGGGUUGGAACUCUUUGGGACAAUGAGGCUGGAACAGAACUUCAACCUUUCUUCUUCCAUGCUUGCAAUACUAAUCCGAGCUUGUGCUAAGUUAAUUGAUCUGCGUAGAGGGAAACAGAUACACGCUCAAAUCAUUAAGAUGGGAUCUUUUCUGGACCUGAUGGUGAGCAACACGCUUCUUUCUAUGUAUGCAAAGUGUGGGAGGAUAGAUGAAGCCAUGAGGUUAUUUGAGGAGAUGAAUUUCACAGACUCGGUCUCCUAUAGUGCUAUAAUUUCAGGGUCAGGGCAGAAUGGUAAUGCAGAAGAAGCUCUACAUAUUUUUAAACAAAUGCAAUGUUCUUGUGUUGAGCCAGAUUACUCAACCAUGAUGGGAUUUUUCCCAGCUUGUUCACAGUUGGCUGCGCUGCAGCACGGAGUUUGUGGCCAUGGUUUCUCCAUUGUCAAAGGAUACACAACAGAUAUUUCAAUUUGCAAUGCACUGAUUGACAUGUACUCGAAGUGUGGUAAGGUUGAAGCCGCUAGGCUUGUUUUUGAUAGAAUGCGUACCAGAGAUGUGGUAUCUUGGAACACGAUGAUUUCCGGUUAUGGACUUCAUGGUCGCGGAAGAGAAGCAAUAUCAAUGUUCAAUGAUAUGUUGACUGUUGGUCAACAACCAGAUGGCAUAACCUUCAUCAGUCUCUUCUUUGCUUGCAGCCACUCAGGUCUUGUCACUGAAGGGAAGCAUUGGUUCCAUACCAUGUGUCAGGAAUUUAAGGUUGCUGCAAAGAUGGACCACUAUCUAUGCAUGGUGGAUCUUCUUGGGCGUGCUGGUCUUUUGGACGAGGCGUACAGUUUAAUCAAAGCAAUGCCGUUCGAGCCAGAUGCUCGGAUAUGGAGUGCUUUGCUUGCUGCCUGUAGAACUCAUAGAAAUAUUGAACUGGCAGAAGAUGUUUCAAAUAAGAUCCAUACCAUAGGGCCUGAGAGUCCUGGUGAUUUUGUUCUUUUAUCGAAUUUAUAUAGUACUGCAGAGAGAUGGGAUGAUGCUGCUCAUAUAAGAAUUGUACAGAAGGAUUCUGGCUUUAAGAAGAACCCCGGGUGUAGUUGGGUUGAAGUAAACGGAAUUGUCCACGCAUUCGUUGGAGGGGAUCAAUCUCACCCACAAUCGGUCAGAAUCAAUGAGAAACUAAAUGAACUAUCUUUGGAGAUGAAGAGAUCCGGAGAAUAUCUCCUGGCACAAAGAAGGACCAUAAACAAGAUGAGCAGCUGGCAUGGCGACAACCCUUUUGACUAUCUCCCUCCUCAGAGUCAGAGAUAUUGGCAGAGAAAUGAUUUGGGAAGCUUUAUCCAGGGUCCACCUAGUUCGUAUGCCCGAACCAGAAUGCAAACUGGUUUUCGUCAAUCUCAUCUUCUAGAAGAACCGAUUGACCGAUACAACAGGAACCAGAUGCAACCUGGGUUCCCUCACUCUCGUCCGCUAGAAGAGCCUACUGAUCAGUACAACAGGAGCAGAGUGCAACCUGGAUUUCCUCAAUCUUCUCCUCCAGAAGAGCCUGCUGAUCUGUACAACAGGAGCAGAGUUCUACAUGGGUUUCCUCACUCACGCUUGUCAGAAGAGGCUAGUGAUUGGUACAACAGGAAUAGAAUACAACCAGGAUUUCUAUCUUCAGAAGAGCCUCCACCUCCAUCCUUCCAGAGCAGCCAGAAUCCAGGCUUUCAGCGUUCCAGGUUGCCGUCUAAUUCAAGGAGACUGAUAGGAGGAGCGCUUUUCGGAUUCACCACCGACACCACAUUGCCAACCCGAGUUACAGUUUACGAAGAAGUCGUGCGAGGAAAUGGUUUUCCAACUCAACCACAACCAGGCCGUUCUUCUAUUCCAAGGCACAUGCAGCACCAUCGCAACCAUCAAUCCCCUGGAGACGAGUCCAAGUUAACCAUAGAUGAGCAGAACAAGGUGCUGUCCAAACUCAGGAAGGAGAAGUACAAUCCAGCCACCCCAAAGCAGAGGGAGGUGGAGGAGGAGGAGGAGGAGGGGAAGAGGUGUUCCGUUUGCCUGGAAGAUUUUGAGGCCAGGGAGGAGGUGACCGUUACCCCUUGCCGCCACAUGUUUCACGACGAAUGCAUUGUCCCCUGGGUGACUAAGGAAGGGUCUUGCCCUGUUUGUCGGUCCGCGCUUCUUGAGAGGAAGAAGUCUAAUGUGGGCCCUCCGGCGGUUGACCGAGAUUUGCUCGAGUUCGUGAGGGCACUUGCCUUAGACGAUGACGAUGAUGUUCGCUAUCAGAAUAUGAUACCUCUUUUCCUGCUGGGAAGAUGAUUGAAGCCUGGUGAUGAGAAGCUGAUCAUAAGAGUUUCACAGUUAAGAUUUAUGUUGUGUGAUACUUAUGAAAAAUAUAUACUACUCCAUACG